UGACCAUAAGAACAAAAGUACAGUUUUAACCAAGAUUUACUUAGACAUGGUUUACAAUAAUUGGAUUAACCACCAUUUUGUUAUUACGGUGUAGAUGAGCUUACCUGAACAGGCAUGAUCAGUAUAAGGUUACAUGAUUCAAGAACGGCUGUGUGCGCGAGCUUGUGCUUGUAUUCUAUAGGCUUAUCUGGGGGGAAGUAUGGAACCAUGGGGUACUGGCAAUAGCUAAGCAGUUACUCAGAAUACAAAAGUUAUUGGAGACAACAGUUUAGACAUGAUACAAAACAUAUUCAGUUACGUUAUUAUGUGCGCAUUGAACAAUCUUUUCUGUAGCCUAUGUCUUAAAAGUGUAAAUGUAUUGCGCUCCGCGGCAGACAUUUGCACUUCACAGUAUUACUAAUAAUUGGCAGGAUCACACUUGACGAAGCUAUCUAGUACCUCGUUCGUCGUGUCCCUGCUAUGUGCCAAUUUAUGAUGACUACAGCAAAGUAGCGGUACUGGUUGUCUGGUUGAAUGGAAACUAAGGCACCGUUGAGAGAGCACAAGGUGCGUUUACGCUGUGCGCGGCGUUGUCAGUGUGGUAGACCCUCACUUCGGACAAGUUGUGCAAGCCACGACCGAGGACCUCAUGGAAGCAACCCAAAAUACUGACAAACUGCUUUUUGGAGUGGAAUUAAUUCUGAUCUAUUUUUAAGUUUUUAAGGUGUCCGACUUUAAACUAAAACGAUUCUGUUUUGUGCUACCUGUCAUGCUGAGAGGAAGAAACGUAAAGAUUCUUGACCACUAUCGGGAAGGUUGACACCGGAUCCACCCACUUCGCCCAGAUUUCUGUGCCCUGGAGCAUGCCCAUAUCCCACGAUGCCCCUGCUGGCGAGCGGCUGGCUCCUACGCCAUUCGGUGGUCAUGUGUCUGCUGCUGCACAGCCUGGUGCUCAUGACGUUCUGCUUCAACCACGCCGCCACCAGCUGCUCCCAGCGCUGCUACUGCUCCGAGAGCGAUGGCGACGGCAAGACGGUGCGCUGCAGCAACCUGCGCCUCACCGAGAUCCCCCAAGACCUGCCCAAUGACACGCGACGCAUCUACUUGGACUUCAACCUCCUCACGGAGGUCCCCAGCAAUGCAUUCCUGGACCUCCCCCUGCUAAGCGAGCUGGACCUCUCCAACAAUGAGUUAGCCCGGCUGGAGCCAGGGGCCUUCCGAGGCCUGGGGACCUCGCUCACGUUCCUGGAUCUGUCCUCUAAUAAACUGGUCAACUUUAACCCGGAGGCCUUCGAAGGGCUUCGGGCACGCGCCAACCUGACCAACAACCCGUGGCGCUGCGACUGCGACCUGCAGAUGGCCAUGCCCCGCGUUGGCCUGGAGCCGCUGUCGCUGACAGGCAUCGUGUGCGAGACAUCCGACCCUCCAAAAGUGGGGGCGGUUGGUGUGCCCUUCCUACUGGCCAAAGAUUUGGACCUGUGUGUGAUCACAAAGAAGACCACAGACGUGGCCAUGCUGGUCACCAUGUUUGGCUGGUUCACCAUGGUCAUCUCCUACCUGGUCUACUAUGUCCGGCAAAACACGGAGGACGCCCGGCGCCACCUGCAGUAUCUUAAAUCCCUGCCUACCAAGCAGGGCCAGUCUGAAGUGUCUUCUUCCAUCAGCACGGUUGUAUAGCCCAGGACCAGUGGAACAGCAGGGAGGAGGUAAGACUAGAGUCCUAAGCCUGGCAGAAUCGAGGGACUAUAGGACUGUAACCUGGCCGCAAUCACCCGCCUGGCUGUUCUGUGCCAGCGAAGGACAGUACUACAUGGCUGGGGUAUGCAGGAAGCCCAUCCAGACGUGUGUACCCAAUGCUCACUGGUUAAUAAUUCAACCAAGGGUGGCCCAUUAGGAGUUUACUGUAGAUGAGUGGGCAGUCUUCUGUGCCACGGCACUUGGGGAGUAAAAAGCAGGCAGUUUCGGAAAAAGUCAAAAAAUGGGAUUUGAAAGGGAUUCAAUUGGAUUUAUGCAGUGGUGCAUGCCUUUUGGUGCACUCUUGUCGAAAAUGGGGUCACUGAAGGGUCCUUUGGCCACAUCAAACAGUAAUAAGAAAAGCAUCUACCUGCAGCAACACACGCUUUGUAAACGAAUCUGUCACUCCAUAUCCUUCAAUGUACAAUGUUUUCCAGAAAACAUUCAA